AUGUAUUGUGCGAGCGUCGGUAUUAAUGUCGGUAUUGAUGCCAGUGUUGGUGUCGAGCUGAUGGUGCUGGUGCUGAUGUUGGUGUUGGUGUUGGUGCUGGAUUGGUGCUGGAUUGAGGAUGUGCAUCGUAUACAACUGUCGAAGCCAAUCCGAAAGAAAUUAUUGGAAUUUAAAUUUAUUAAUUAUGAAAUGUUACUCUACUGCGAUGCUUUAACGUGUAGAUUAUGUGUAUUGACUUCUCCAGACAAAUCUUGUGUGGAAUAUCUGUUGACAAUGAAUGGAAAAAAUGUUGAAGAAUUGAUGUAUGCGACAGCAGUGAGGGAUUCUAGCCACAGUGUUAACAUACGCAUCGUAACUAAACAUGCUAACCAGGCUGCAAUCCUCAGAUUCCCAUCGUAUCAUGCAGCCAACAAGGGUGAUAAAUUAUUGUCGGUACAAUCAGCAGAGGACAUACGAAUCAUUGAUAAGCAUGGUCUAGCAACUGCAUUCAAUCGGCGUGGUUACACGUUUUUUGUGGGAUCAUCACGACGACCUUAUGAACCUUACAUCAAUGCCAGAAUCGAAGAACUAAUUGUGAUGUCUGUUCGAAUAACUCGAAUAUGUGACAAGGAUUACACGGAAAAGCUUGAGUCUCGCAUUGAUAUGGCACUUACUUGUGGAAAUUUCAAUUUCUAUGGUACAAAAUCGAAUUUAAAAAAUGCUUUAGGUUUACAGACGGAUAUGGUUUCGUUGGCAGCUGAGUACUAUCCCGAUAGUGAUGAGCUGAUUGUUGUAUUUCAAACAUCCGAAAAAAGUGAAAAUGUUGCAUGUAAGUAUUCUAUGGACCUUGAAUGUCAGAAAGUUCAAAAUUCGAAAGAAUUGCCUCCGUAUUGCUUCAUAUUUUCACGACGUGCUGAUGGACAUGCUAUGCGAACCUGCUCGAGAUUUGGUGGUAACAAUAUAAAGGAACCGUUAGACAAUUGUGAUUUGGAAUUGUUUCCAUCGUUUGCAUAUCGUUAUGGAUGGUUGGAACAGUUCCAUCCAUUUGCAGGGCAACUCAUAGCAGUUUUACCGGGUUCCGGUGAGGAUAUCUUAUCCGUGAAACGCUUUUAUGAAGAUGGCGCAUUAUUCACCGUUAAUUCUGAUGGUAUUUUAAAUCGGGUAUCGGAUCAAACGGAUCAAGUGGCAUCGUCGCUCCUAUGGUCACUUCGACUGCAGCAGGCUCAUUUCACCAAACAAUUUCGUACUGCUCAAUACUGCAUCGCUGCGGAUUUGUUACGCAAUCGAAUUUAUUUCGUUCAAGAUAACAAACUAAGCUAUGCAGAACUGGCGUGUUCCUACUUUUAUGACAGCUGUGACUCAUUAGAACGGUCGAACUGGUCCGAUCCGCUUCAGUGCCUUUGGUGUGCUAUGAAAAAUGGUUCUGGUUAUGCGUUUUCACGAUCGGAAGACAACUGUCCAUCAUAUACUGUUGACAACCUUUGUACACCAUUUAUUGAACAUAUAAAUGUUCCAUCGUCAAGUUCUUCCAACUACAACACCUCGCUUGAAAUAUAUGGUAGGAAAUUCGAUAGGCUACAAAAUAUUGUUGCCAAAGUAUGUGAUCGGAACUGUACCAUUUCAAAUUUCAGAGCAACAAAGCUAUCUUGUGUUGUGAAUAUGUCAACCAAUGCUGUGGAAAAUUGUAAUUUUUAUUUGGAAGGGAAGCUGAGAUCGUUUGGCCUAUUCAGCAUCACUUUUGAAUUGCCGAAAAAACGCAGUUCCCACAUUACAAAUAUCAUUUUGGCAAGCACAUACCCACAUUCAAAGCAAAGCAGAGCAAUUGCAGCAAUAUUUGCAGUGAUUGUACUUGCAUUUCUGAUCGUACUUAUUUUAUGUCUUCUUCGUCAAUUCCAUAAACAUCAACGAAACCGAAUGAAACAAUCCGAUAUAAGUGGCUCACAAAUAGCACUUGACACAAGUCAUGCUACAUUCGCGAGCAGUAAUCCGUUCACGAGCCUCAAAAGAAAAGGUGACAAAAUAAAAACAUUUAAUCCGUAUGAAAAUCUCUUUAUGGAAAUUGAUUCGAAGUUGCAAAUACCUCUGAAGAAUUUGGAAUUGGGUGAUGAAAUUGGAAAAGGAAAUUUUGGUAUUGUUUAUCGGGCGGUAUAUCGAAGCGCUGAUGGUCGAUUAGUAGAUGUAGCGUGUAAAACAAUCGAUUCACAUAAUGAUGGUGUGAUAACCGGUAUUAGCGAAUUUUUACAAGAAGGCUUGAUUAUGGCUAAUUUUGAUCAUCCAAAUGUUGCUCGACUUAUUGGUAUUUCCUCAACCAAUAAUAAUUAUCCGAUCAUUGUUACUGAUUUCAUGGCUCAAGGAGAUUUACGACAUUAUAUCAUUAAUCCGGAAAACAGACUCACAUUUGGCAAUCUCCUUGACUUUGGCAUUCAAAUUGCAAAAGGAAUGACUUACUUGCAUGAUAAACAGUUUAUUCAUCGAGAUCUUGCUGCACGAAACUGCAUGCUAGAUGCUCAUCUUGUUGUUAAAAUUGCUGAUUUUGGUUUGAGUCGGGAUGUAUCACGAUGUGGAAUGUAUCAGGCUAUUCAUAAAGAUCGCGGAAUCCCAAUUCGAUGGAUGCCCAUUGAAUCGCUUGAAGAACAACAGUAUACAUUCAAAGCAGAUGUUUGGGCAUAUGGAAUUGUACUGUGGGAAUUAGCUACGCGAGGUUUAAUUCCUUAUGCAGACCUUGAAUUUACGGAUAUCCUCCGUUUAUUAAAGAGUGGACAUCGUUUGAUGAAACCGAAAGGAUGUCCUGAUCACUUAUAUCAUCAUGUUAUGCGACGGUGCUGGAUGGAAGACCCGAAACGUCGACCAACAUUCUUCGAGUUAACAGAAAUGAUGCAAGAUGUUGUACGACAGUUACGACGUGGUGUAUCAGGUGGUGCACUUCUGGACAGUCACUAUGAACGUGUCUCUGCACAUUCAUUUACUACACCACACAUCACUAAUUCCAGGGCAAGUGAUGAUACUAUUAUUACAGAUUUAUAA